GGAAAUUAUCAGAUAUCUUGUUUACCAUUAACACCAUAUGAUCAUUGAUAAAAUUAUGAAUAUAGCUUGGUUUUUUUUUCCAAAAUGGCUUCCUUAAAGGAAGAUACAUGUCAAAUUGUUGCACCAAGGUGUUGGUUGGUAAAGCUCAUAGACAAAGAUCAUCAGAAAUUUGAUUUAAAAAUAAGUUGUCCAAUGGGUGUUCUUUUUGAUGUUAUAUUCAUGGUAUUGGUUGAUACAUCCGAUUCCUCAUCAACAAAUAUUUUCAUGAACACUCGUCAGGAAGAACUGACAAUUUCAUUGAACAAUACUUCUAUUCAGAAGAAUAGCUUCAUUGUAUGUGUGUAUGGGCUCAAGACAGUCAUUUCAAGUACAGAACAAUAUGACAGGGUAGUAUGUUAUGGAAAUAUAGAAAUUGAGUGUCCAGUGGAUAAUCAAGUUACUGUUCUUUUGGAACUAUACGAGGAAGAAAUACAUACCUUCCCUUUAUCAUCAACAGAAACACAGGAUAUGCUACCAGUAACAGUUCAUCGCCAACCUCCAUCGCUUUACAGAUUAGAUAUAAAUCUUAUGUUCGAAAAUGAAAAGGAUUUCAUCGUCUUUGUCAGAGCAAAAAAUCAGCUCCGAUGUUUCAUUGUCAGUGGUCGAAGUUUUAACAAUACGUUUCCUUUUGAGUUGCCAUCUGCAUCGUCAGUUGCAUGCAAGGUGUUGUGUGCAUGUCGGGAGCAGCGGAUAGAUGGAAGCAUUUGGAUAACCACUACAGUAUCGCAUAGCCAUGUCAUAAGUUUUAAAACGUUUUUAUCACUACUGGAUACAUACCGAUUGUAUAAUCUUGCUAUAGCGUUUGGGACAAGGACAGUCUACCCGAACCUGCGACCUAUUCAAUUUUUCUAUAGGAAUAAAUCAAAGGAGUAUUUCGAUAUGAUAAUGAUACAACUGGAUGGAGAAAUGCGACCAUAUUUGAAAAGUUAUGGCGGAGAACAGGGUUCUGUAGUAAAUGGAAGGUUGUUUGGUUUAUUUUUCAGCACGUAUUUAGAUACUACAACGAACAUGCCAUAUCCCUAUUCUCACUUUGGGCCAAUUCGAUUAUAUAUCCAAUCUUUAGAAAUGUUCAAUCCUGAGUGUAAUUUAUAUUUUGCCGAUUUUUAUUGUCAUAAAAAACGACACCAUGUGACAAUCAUUGUGGUGCCAAAGUACUCAAUUGAUAACGAAUUUUGUGGCCAGUAUUUGAAAGAAUUAAACAUUUUUCAUAAUCCAUAUUUAUGCUUAAGAGUAGAAUUUAACGGUGCAUUCACUGUAAUGGCAAAUAUGGACGUCACUGUUGAAGUAUUUUAUACUGAAACCAUUAAUGUGAGAAGAGCUUUAGAGUUGCAGUAUGGUUUUAUACAAAAAACAAAAACUAUUGGGCGGGGUUAUGCUCCGCCAUCUGGUAUUCCUAAAAAUCCUUCUUGUAAGAUCUGUAACUUAGAAUAACCAUAUAUUUUUCUUCAAACGUUCUGAUACUUGUGUAGCCUAGAAUGUUUGCCAACCAGAUUGCUUGGCUAAUAAACCUGUUAUAUAUUAAAAGAUUUUACAUCAUA